AUGAAACCACCAUCCUUCCAAGGAGGCAUUGAACCAUUAAAGGCCGAAGCAUGGGUUUUAGAAACAGAGAAUUUAUUCGAAGUGUUUCCGUGUUCCGAAGCACACGAGGUAUUAGUGGCUACCUUUACUUUACAAGAAGAGUCCAAAAGAUGGUGGAUGCUUGUUCGUGACACCAAUACUGCUUUGACUUGGGCUCCAUUUAAAGAAGCCUUGUUUGAAAAAUACUUUCCUCAGUAUGUCAGGGAUCGCAAAGUGACUGAGUUUGAACAGUUGAAACAAGGUACUAUGUUAGUGGCAAAGUAUGAAUCGAAGUUUACUGAACUCGCCAGAUAUGCGCUACACGUGGUGGACACUGAUUACAAAAAGGCCAGGAAGUUUGAAGGAGGCCUUAAUAUAGAGAUACUUGACAGAAUCAAUGUGCUGAAGUUACUGAAAUAUGUGGAUGUUUUUGAUCGGGCGAUAAUAGUUGAGUCGAACAUCGAGGCAUUAAAACAAACCGAAACACCAGGGACUGAAUGGCAUGAUGUGGCAAAGUGGGUCACAUGGUUAAAGAUUGCCCUUCCACUUCUUAAGGCAAUAGAAAAGCUGCAGCUAGCGUAA